GACGUGGAGCUGAGUGGACUUGCCGAUGACUGGUACCAGCGGUGUCAAGAUCGGCCUCAGUGGAGGAGGCUCGUGAAGGACGCUACUGGGCAGUUGGAGGCAGUCGCCCUCCAACAACAACGGAGGGCGGAGGAGCGACGCUCACAACAACGAGCGGAGCGCCGGGUGGCUAAAGCACAGCAAGUCGGCACAGUAGGGGGCACAGGUGGUGCAUCAGCCAGUCAUCUCAGUCAUCUCGGUCAGUCGACCCGUGGCACCUGCUGGGUCUGCCCCGUGACCUCCUGCCAGCGGGCUUUCGACACUUCACGUGGCCUCAAGCUCCGCCAGCGACCGCCUCCGCCGCGCCCGCAGACGAACCCCACUCGGUGAGGGAUCCACUCCGUCGCUCGCUCUUCUCAACACUUUCGGCAUGUGAACGCGAGUCCAACUCGGCCCCCGCCUGCCCUCCUCCUCGUGGCCCCCCGACUGCCCGACCCCCCCCCCCCUCCUCCGUCAUGGAGUUCUACGAGCGGACGAGGGUGGAGCAGCUGCCCACGGGGCUGCCCUUCCCCUGGCUGCCCCCGGACGUCCCCAUGGUCCACGUGGCCGAGGGCAGCCAGGAGCGCAGCGUGGUGACGCGCGUCCUGCGACACCUGAGCGACGGCGACGCUCGCCACGUGCUCCUGAGCGGCGCGGGGAGAGCAGGCGGCCGCGCGGUGUCGUGCUCCGACGCGGUGCUGCGCCGUGCCCCGGGCGCGCCGCUGCGCCGCGCGGUGAGCGCCGGCACGCGCGUCACGGCCGAGACGUGGGAGCCGCGCGCACGGGGCUGCGGCCUCGACACGCUGGUGGUGCGCCGCUCGGCGCACACCCUCACCGUGCUGCUCACCAAGGACGAGCUGCCGGCCGGCACAGGAGACCUGGACCUGCGUUCGAUCGACGCCACCAUCUUCUUCUCCGAGCCGAAGGCACCGGCAGGCGCUGGGCGGGCGGUGGACGCGGCGGCGACGGCGGCGGCGGCCGGGCAGGGAAGGGCAGGGAGAGGGGGGCGCGGGGGGCGCGGGGGGCACGGAGGGUGCGGGGGGAGGAGAGGGGGGAGAGGGUGGCAGAGGGAGCCACCGGUGGGAGGGGGGCACCACGGGGGGCACCACCGCCCUUGCCAGGGGGCGGAGGCGGCGCCCAUGAUGAGCUGACGAGGGCUGGAGGAGGAGGAGGCGUGGACAUUUUUGGUCGUUUUCUUGCGGGGAGACGCGGCUCUUCCCCCGUUGCUACCGAGGGAGGCUGUUCAUCCCGGGGCUGACGCACGAGGUGUGAAGCUUCCUGAAACGGGUAUAAACGCUCUGAGGUGUUGCCAGCUAUUGCACGGUAAACCCCGUCGGCGUCAAAUUGUGGUCCUGCACUUAAUUUGGACGAAUUACAGCUCGUGAGAAUUCCAAAAAGAAAUUGGUUUUGCCAAAUAUUCCUCCCGUGCGGUGGAACGGGUGGGAAAGUGCCACCCCCUGCCGUUGUGUGGACCACACAGCACCAUGAAGCGAUCUCACAAAUCGCUCUGCGAUUAUUGGCUUCUGCGUGGCGUCCGCUAUGACGGGCGGGUGCGCUGUUCUGCGCGAGACCUGAAUGGAUACUUCCUCUUGUGACAUGACACAGCACAAUCGGGAUAGUUUUGGGGGAAACUAAAUGCAGGAGAUUUUGACAUCGAUUAAUAACUCGUGAAUUUUCUCUUAAGCCCAAAUUUAUCAUCUAAGAGCAGUUAUACACUAUUAUUCUUGGAACUCUUUAUUACAAGUCAUGUGCUUAAACCGAACUCAACUUUCUUAACUUAAACGUAAUUUAAACCCAUAUAUUAUCAGUUUUUGGCAUAGAGAUCCGUGAAAAAUGGUUAUAUUUUUGUAUUAUCUGCGAUUUUUUUAUUAUCUGCGGCCGUCCUCCCUGUCAUUAGCGCGGAUAAUCGAGUCUAACGGGAUAUAUUUUUAAAGGCUGCAGUGUGACAUAAUGAUGCUAUAGUGCAUCAUUGUCACACUUGUACGUUUUAAUACUUCAGUGUGAUGGUGGUGUGCUGGACAGCAUUUGUGUUACAGAAACUCAACAGAGCCUAGGUACUUGCCAACAAUAUACGAACUCGGCAUAUCGUGAGCUUUAAUACGUUUAGCACAUCAUUGUUCUACUUGUGCAUUAUUUCCUUGUGCGUUGAAGGGGAUGGAGUGUCGAUGGGCCACAAUCGUUGCGCGAGGAUCAUUGGCGAGUGAUUUAGGGUUAACUCAAACGCCAAGUUUACAGCCAGUGUAUGUAUGUUUAACUUAUUUCGCAUCGUACGUAGCCAACCGUGCUAAUCGGAGGUGCGGCGGAAGGACAGCUACCGAGUGUGCAGGCGGUGUAACUGCACCGGGCCACGGGUCCGGGAGGGGGCGCUACACGACUCCAUUUCAUUCCUUGCACCCACCAGGGCCCAUGCCAACCCACGCCACGCCAUUCGCCAACUCGCCCCGUGUGUUUGUGCCCCCUCUCUUCACCGCUCGACUCGUGGAUCUCACCCUGCCAGUGGCCGGGAGGGCUCUCUGUAGAGCGGGGUCCCGGCGUGCAGGAGGAGUGCUUUUGCCGGGAACGUCUUGUUAAGCCGGCGGCAUUUGUUGAGCGAGCCCGACUCUCCUGGUGAGACCAGCACGGUUGAUGCCGGCACAGAGUUUGCCCGAUUUAAGCAAAUGUUGUUGCGGGACGGAUUAUUUUUUGUCCCCCUUCUCUGAAAAGCCAAUAGGCCGAUGGGUAAAAGGGUGACAUCCACAGCCGGUCGAUCGGCAGGUUGCGUUUUGGCCAGAUAAAAAUGUGGGUUUAAUUCCAUCUCUUCCACGACGUCUGGCCGGCAUGAAUUAAGUCGGCCAAAUCCCCUCCUCGAAGAGAUAUCCUCCAGAACAACCGUCUAGUGGAGACCCUUUCUGCCGGCAGUCGCUGUUGCACGGCCGCACCUCUAACCUAUCGGUGCAGCUCGGCAACAGGAGGAGAGCGCUGGACGUGGCGGAUAUCGCGCUUCCUGAAAUUGGCGCUGUCGAGACCACUUAAGUCACCCCCGCAAGUCAUCCCCCCCAAGGAGCCCGAUCACUCCACCCACUCCCAGCCGAUUCCCCAGUCCUGCCCGGCCUGGGGAGAUGAAACCAAUUUCCUCGCAAAUUGUCCGCUCAUCAGAAGGGGCCCCCCACAGAGAACACACCCUGUGCGAGAGAGCCUCAUGAAUACUGCAUUGUGGUGGUGGUGGUGUGGCUUUUUGUAUUUGCGGGGUUUUUCAGAUGUUGUCCUCUUUAAUGAUUUCGCAACCGAGAUUGGGAGCAUAAAUGCAUUAGCCUUCCGUCCAGCUGUAACAUAGAGUCAUGGUAACUGUUGUGGAGAUUGAUACAAUGUAAACAUAAUCUUGUUUUACCGUGUUCUCCGGAUUCUAAGACGCCCUGGGAAACAAGGACGCACCACAUCGAUAAAGCGACGCCAAUGUGGACACACACAGCUACCAGAUUAUAAGACGCGUCACCAACUCACGGUUUUAAAUUACAGGGGGACAAAAAUAAAUCUUCUUGGUUCUUUCGGUAAAGUCACGUAGUGGGCGAAACGUCGUGAGAAUAAUUUUAUUAUUUUUAUUAUUUCCCUUCUACGUGACUUUACCUAAAGAACCAAGAAGAUGAAUCCCUGCAGUCACGAAAGUUUUUAAUCGAGACAAAAAGAAAGUUCGUCGUGCAAUUCGGAGAAUAUGGUAUAAAGUUGUGUUGCUAUUCGGGACUUAACCGACAGUCCAUGGGGCCACAGCAGAAAUCGGUACCACCUAAGGUUAAGUCAGUUUAUUAUGUUGGGUUAACAUAAGGCACUUUCCUAGCACAAAUUGCCAACCCAGAGGUGGCAAAGCUUUUAGCAGUACCAACAAUCUAUUUACACGGCGAACAUACGAAUGGAUUAAACAAGGGGCAGGGCGUGCAUGCAUAAUGUAUGUGCGUCGCACACGCGCGUUGUGCAUGCACAUUAUGUAUGUUGAUUACCCCAUGAAUAACCCAACUGGGAAUGGAUAUCCAUUAUAAAUUAUAUGCAUACAUUUCGUCCCCCUCCCCUCUGGUGACGGCAUCGCAUGUAUCCCUCUCUUUUAAGACCUGAAACAGGAGGAUUUCUCCACAACUAUAGCUAGCUGUCGCCUGAUGAUGCUGUUUGUGAUUACCGGCGAAACGUCGUACUCGAAUUGCAAAUGUUGUGGGUUUACUCUCCAACACACCGGUGUGCUGUACUCGUAACGAAUUGGCACGUUUUGUUUACGUGACAAACCUUACUGAUUGGCUAUCGGCUGGUGGCGGUUUUAUAUUUACGCGAUCUAACCCAAAAACUCGCUCAUUUCAAGUGGGCAUUUAUAUAAUUCACCGUUAUUGGUCAAGAAGUUUGAACAACCUUUGAAGUGAUGCCACCUCAGGUGGUGGCCGACCGGUGAAAUUUCUGGCCCUGGCUCGCGGACUCCCGAUAGAAAACCGGGCGACACGAACUUGGGCAAAAUUUUCCGCAGCAAAAAAAAAAGACUUUCAGAAACCUUUUCCCAUUUUAAAACUAAGCGCUAAACGGAUAAGCCUAUUUUCAGCAAAGGCGAUGGACCUAGACCCUGAAGUCGCCAUCCCGCUAGAGCACACACGCGCGCAAGAUAGCGUCGUCAUCACAAAAUACACACUUGGGAAUACGCGCGUUUUUUUCUUGUUACGUUUUUUUUUUCGAAGCUGUUAGAGCCACGUGGAAUUGGCUUCCUGGUGUCUUAAAAGUGCCGCGCGGCGUCAACGUUGAUGACGUUCGUUUUGAAAGGGCGGUGGCCGAAUGGUUAAAGCCAACUGCUUGUUCACCUUCGUGGAGAUCUGUUAGCCGAAGGGAGUGAGUGCCGUUCACUCUCGCUGGGGGAUGGGGGGAGGCAGUCUACCUUCAUCGAGAUGUACGAAUUGACUUGAGUGCAAUUCACUUCCACCUCUUCUAGGACGUCCGGCCGGCGGGGAAGUCGGUCAAAAUACCCUCUGGCUGGGCUCUCUAGCGGAGGUUCUUCCAUCGGCGGUGUCGUCAGAAUACGCUGCAGUGCCUGCAGCUUUGCCAUCUCAUACUAUUAAUCGCAACCGGGUACCCGAUACCCGUACCCUACCCGAUACCCAGCUACCCGUACCCGGCCAGGUACGGGUACCCGUUUGCGACCCUGGUGCGGCCGGGUACGGGUACGGGUACGCCGUGAGUAACUGGUGAGUAACCGUUUGUCACUCAUUUCCCAACGUCUUGUCUCUUCUCACAAUUCAAGUUCCUAGAAUCAACCCACCCGCGCCUGCAACAUGGCUUCAUCCCAGAGGUCGCAAUCAGGUACCCGUUUGCGACCCUGGUGCGGCCGGGUACGGGUACAGGUAAGGAAUCAAAACCCGUUUGCGACCUCUGUCUCAUACGCAACAGAUUCGGUCAUCUUUGCGAGUUGCACACCCAAAGGGGGGCAACGCUUGCCCCGGAAGUAACGCCCUCCUAUCUUGGCUCUGCCGAUAACUCGGUGCGCCGAUGCCGCGCUGUAAAUAUCCACGCCGAUGUCGCGGAUCCCUUGCACUUGAGGUCGUCACUUGGAACCAGGGCCCGGCGUUCAUCACGUCAUUAGGAUUCCGUCGGCACCCGCGUAGCCUUUGGCAAACAGCCGUCACCACGGCGCCUCCGAUCAGCACGGAGGUGCAGGGUUCACCGCCGAGGUCGUGCGAGGUCUGGCGUUGUCGUGCUUGGCAAUCGUUGUGUUAGAGGAGGCGGCAGGGGGAGAGGGCUUCUCUAUUUCUGCCAUCUGGUAAAUGGUCAUGACAUUCUCGAGAAAGAAUAUUUUACUGUUUAUUCGGUGCAAUAAAAACGUACGGAGUGGAUACAUUGAAGGCGUUACUUUUUAGCGGUCCCCGCUUGUAUUUUGGGGGAAAAAAUACCGACGGGGACUUGGGCCACGCGGGCACCCCCCCAGCGCGUCACCCCGCGCGUCCGUGGCGCCCGUGCAACGUUUGCACAGCGUUUGCUGAAACACGGUCGAGACACUUCCAUUCACGCGAACACGUAUUGACAUCCAUAAUCGAGGUUUUUUGGGUUAAUACGCGAUCUAACCCAAAAACUCUCUUACGGGUGAUAUUGUUCGCGAAAGCCUCUGUGUUAAACUGACGUAUGUACGUUGAGCCUAUUUCCGCGCCGUACGUAGCCAACUUGUGCACAUGACGUGUCUGUAUAUAUACGCGUGCGUGUAUAUUUAUACGGGGUAUGUACACAAAGUAUUUUGUACAUCGUGUGUAUAUGUGAAAGCAAAUCCGGCCGGCCUUGUUUUACACUAGAGUCGGCGGUUGUGAGCCAAUUCCCACAUUUGUAAAAUUGCGCGCGGCUAAUUUAGGAACAAUUAAGUAUCAGCUGUAAGUAUUUUCUCUCUCUGGUCUUUCUUGAUAAAGGAAAGAUCAUGGAUCUCAAUGUCUUCUUGCCCGGGUAAAUAAAACGCCGAUGAAUUUCCGUUUCGUAGUGAAUGGCGCUUGCGCGUGUGUGCAUGUGCGCGAGUGUGGAGCGGUGGUGCAACGGUGAACGAGCUGCGGCGUGACGACCCGAGUUCGAUUCCCGCUCAAGGCCAGCACUAGUGACUUAUCUGAACCGGUCCUGGGCCUCCCCUAGGUCGGCUCAGCCUCAAACGAGUACCUGGUGCGGUGUGUAGUAAACAUCGCCACUGGGGAGACAAUGACGGCCAGGUAUGGUGCUGGCCACCCACCCCCUCGUGUGCCGUGCCGGCCUUCAUAGGUGCUACUCGCUAACAGCGCUUGCCCCAACAGUUUUUUCAAGGAUAUUACAGGGGGGGUGAGGGAUGGGGAUGUUUGCCUCUGCUGUAAUCAAAGCUUCUGUUAACUCACAGUCGUCUGAACGCAGAACA